UAAGACAGGGAAGCAGAUGGGCAUAUUUAUACCUCCUCUGAAAAACAAGCAAGCUGCAGCUCCGGCAAACAUGGGGGUUCAAGACAACAGAGGAAAAAGAAAACACUGAGGCUGGGAACUUUUGGGGGCUUCAGGAAGACCAAAAACCUCCCUCGGGGCACAUCGGAUCAGGCAGAAUUGGAAAUCUUUGGCAUUUAUUAGUUCCAUACUGGGCCGAAUACACCUUGAACUGAAGGAGGCAGUUAAGGGGUGAAAAACCCAGGGUAUCUAAACUCUGAAGAGACAAAGGAGAGCACUCAUGCCAGGCUCAGGAGGAGCAGAGUGAGUGAAACAGCUGCUUCUGCACACCCAAAGGGAGAAGAUUUCUCCACGGCCAUCCUAAAACAGAAACACAGACCCAACAGGCUCAUUGUGGAUGAAGCUCUCAAUGAAGACAGCAGCAUUGUCAGCCUGUCACAGAAUAAGACGGAGGAGCUGCAGCUCUUCCGGGGGGACACAGUGGUGUUGAGAGGGAGGAAACGGCGGCAGACAGUGUGCAUCGUCCUGACAGAUGAGACCUGUGGAGAUGAACGGAUUCGGAUGAAUCGUGUGACGCGCAACAACCUGCGUGUCCGGCUUGGUGAUGUGAUCAGCAUCCAUGCGUGUCCUGAUAUCAAAUAUGGGAAGAAGAUCCACGUCCUCCCCAUAGAUGACACCAUUGAGGGCCUUACAGGGAACCUUUUUGAGGUUUUCCUUAAACCCUACUUUCUGGAGGCUUAUCGGCCCAUUCACAAAGGUGACAUCUUUCUGGUGAGGGGGAGCAUGCGGGCAGUGGAGUUCAAGGUGGUGGAGACGGACCCCAGUCCUCACUGUAUCGUUGCCCCGGACACUUUCCUCUACUGUGAGGGGCAGCCGAUCAAAAGAGAGGACGAAGAGGAGAAUCUUAAUGACAUCGGCUACGACGACAUCGGAGGCUGUCGGAAGCAACUUGCUCAGAUCAAGGAGAUGGUUGAGCUUCCUCUCAGACACCCAGGACUUUUCAAGGCUAUUGGAGUGAAGCCCCCCCGAGGUAUCCUGUUGUACGGCCCUGCAGGUACAGGAAAAACCCUGGUGGCUCGAGCUGUAGCCAAUGAAACCGGUGCCUUCUUCUUCCUCAUUAAUGGCCCUGAGAUCAUGAGUAAACUGGCAGGAGAGUCAGAGAGCAACCUAAGGAAGGCGUUUGAGGAGGCGGAGAACAACGCUCCAGCCAUCAUCUUCAUCGAUGAGCUGGAUGCCAUCGCUCCCAAGAGAGAGAAAACUCACGGUGAAGUGGAGAGGCGUAUAGUUUCUCAGCUCUUGACCCUGAUGGAUGGCUUGAAGCAAAGAGCUCAUGUGGUUGUCAUGGCAGCAACAAACCGACCAAACAGCAUAGACCCUGCUCUGAGACGCUUUGGCAGGUUCGACCGUGAGAUUGACAUUGGAAUCCCAGAUUCAACUGGCAGACUGGAGAUCCUGCAGAUCCACACGAAAAACAUGAAACUGUCUGAUGACGUGGAUCUGGAGAGGAUUGCCACAGAGACUCACGGCCACGUUGGUGCUGACUUGGCCGCCUUGUGCUCAGAAGCUGCUCUGCAAGCGAUCCGCAAGAAGAUGACCCUCAUAGAUCUGGAGGACGAAUCCAUCGAUGCUGACCUGCUCAACUCCCUGGCUGUCACCAUGGAUGACUUCCAAUGGGCACUGAGUCAGAGCAAUCCAUCGGCUCUCAGAGAGACGGUUGCCGAGGUGCCUCAAGUCAGCUGGGAGGACAUCGGAGGCCUGGACGAAGUCAAGAGAGAACUGCAAGAGCUCGUCCAGUACCCAGUUGAGUAUCCUGACAAGUUCCUGAAGUUUGGGAUGACGCCAUCUCGUGGAGUGUUGUUCUACGGCCCUCCAGGCUGCGGGAAAACCCUGCUGGCUAAAGCCAUCGCCAAUGAAUGCCAGGCAAACUUUGUCUCUAUCAAAGGACCCGAGAUGCUCACCAUGUGGUUUGGAGAAUCCGAAGCCAAUGUCAGGGAUGUGUUCGAUAAGGCCAGACAGGCAGCUCCCUGCAUCUUGUUUUUCGAUGAGUUAGACUCCAUCGCCAAAUCCAGAGGUGGCGGGGCUGGAGACGCAGGUGGUGCAGCCGACAGAGUCAUCAACCAGAUCCUCACAGAGAUGGAUGGCAUGUCUGACAAGAAGAAUGUUUUCAUCAUUGGUGCCACAAACAGACCUGAUAUCAUAGACGCAGCUAUCCUACGGCCGGGUCGCCUGGACCAGCUCAUCUACAUCCCACUGCCCGACAAACCGUCUCGUAGAGCAAUUCUAAACGCCAACCUACGCAAGUCCCCUGUUGCACGAGAUGUGGAUCUGGAAUACUUGUCUGGCAUCACAGAUGGCUUCUCCGGAGCUGACCUGACAGAGAUCUGUCAGCGGGCCUGUAAGCUGGCCAUCCGCGAGUCCAUCGAGGCUGAGAUCAAGGCUGAACGUCAGCGGCAGAACAGACCAGGAAUCCCCAUGGAUGAGGACUUUGAUCCAGUCCCGGAGAUCAGGAAGGACCACUUUGAAGAAGCAAUGCGAUUUGCUCGUCGCUCUGUUAGUGACAAUGACAUCCGCAAAUAUGAGAUGUUUGCUCAAACUUUGCAGCAGAGUCGAGGUUUUGGAAACUUCAGGUUCCCUUCUGCCACUGGUACCCGGUCUGGAAAUCAGGGGUCAGAGUCCGGAUCGGGGAGGCCUGGUCUGUUCAGAGAAGAAGGCGAUGACGAUCUCUAUCAGUGACAAAAGCGGCACAAUGUUGUCCCCAUUGUGCUUUGCUUCUUCUGAGGAAUGGAAACAGUUGAAUAAGGAAGUGGAAAUGACAGGAUGAACAGAAAACAGAGGGAAAUGAAAGUAAAAUUAGGGCAUCUUUUUUUUAACCCUUUAAGACCCACCAUUGCUUUACAUCAAAAUAACCCUGAUAUCCCAAAUUUUAAUAAUAUGUAUUGACUUAUGUCUUAACUACUACAAAAAAUUGCUUAAAAGUGCAAUAAACCUAAAAAAAAUGAAAA